AUGCAGUCUAUAGGGACGAGCAGCCAAGCCUCAACGUGGGAGGGGGAACGGGAAAGCGAGCACGCCAGCACAGGCACAACCACACUCUCCUGCUUUCAGUGUCGGGCUCGCAAAGUGAAAUGCGAUCGGUUGAAGCCCACCUGCAGUCGAUGUGUUCGGCUUGGAGAUGAAUGCGCCUUCCCAAACUCGCGACAGAGGCGAACAACUAGGAAGAAGAAUCCCGUCACAUUGGAGGCUCGAUUAGCUCGACUGGAGGACAUGCUUAAGCAAAGCGGCCGAGCAGAGGUACUACUGGAAGAUCCCGAAGUUCCAUCUACGACAAACGAAUUGAUUGGACUUGGUCAGUUUGAGCAGCUUCCGCCCAGCCAUCUGAUUGAACGACUAGUUGGUUUGUAUUUUGACGAACUACACCAAGAUGCUCCAAUGUUGCACCGCACACGCUACAUGGCCUCUCUACAUCGCCCUGCCCACAUGCGCCCACCCAUGUCAUUACAGUACGCCGUCUUGGCUCUAGCCGCAACAACAUGUCAGGAACUCACACACCUCGCAAUUCCGUUCUAUCAGCGGUCUAGGCGAUAUGCCGAGGCAGAUGAGAUGAAGGGCCAAGGAGAAUACUUUACCACCAUUGCCCAUACGCAAUGUUGGUGCUUGCUAGCGAUGUAUGAGUCCCGACAACUCCUCUUCUCUCGCGCGUCUGUGAGCCUGUCCAAGUGUGUCCGGAUUGCCCAGAUGCUCGGGUUGCACCGUCUCGAUAGUCCGCAGCAGGCAACUGAUCCUCCGCUUCCUCCACCAAGAGACUACUUUGAGGUUGAAGAACGGAGGAGAACCUGGUGGGCCAUCUUCUGCUCCGAUCGCUUCGUGGGUGGCAUGACAGGUUGGCCUGCCUCAGUCAACGAGAAGGAUAUCGAGACCCGAUUACCGGCGUCCGACGAUGCCUUCGAGAUGGGCACCAACGAAGCAACUCCCUGGCUCACAGACGCCCUUCAAGGAACUAUGGUUUAUUCUCCCUUUGCUGGUAAGGUGCUUACCGCCUAUACGUUCUACAGAACUCUUGAGCACACAUUCAGGUCCUUCCCGAAUGACGAUAUCGAGAAUAUUUCAAAUGGUCCAUACUGGACUCGACACCGAGGGAUUGACACUGACCUAUCUAACAUGAUCCUGUACCUCCCAGAGAGCAUACGCCUCCCGCAGUGCGGGUGGAACCGGAACGCCAUCGUCGUCAAUGCCGGUAUUCACACCUCAGUCAUUUGCAUACACCGAGCGGCGUUGGCAAAGAUAAGAGAGUUCGGUCUCCCAGCAGACAUGUUUGCGAGCAGCAGGCUUCGGCUUCUACCGUCGGCAGAGCAAAUAGUGAACGCUCUCAAGUCGACUGGCGAUGUUGAGGGCGCCAUGGCUGACCAUUUCUUGGGGUUUUCUGCAUAUCUCGCAUCCUUGAUCUUUCUAGAAGUCUACAUGGAAACCCAAUGGUCGCAGAGCGAGCAAAACCUUCAAUAUCUUCUCGGUGCCAUGGCUCACGCUGGCGAGAAGGACCCGUUCUCGCGCUCGUUAGCGAUUCAGCUUGCUUUAGGAAUGAGGCAGGUCGGUAUGGACUCGAGCACUCUAGACAGAGUAAGAGGGCAAACGCAAAGACUGUUUCUGAUUUUGAAGUUGCUAAUAACUAUAACCCAGGUACAGCAACUUCCGCCAACAUCAGUAUUAAUACCCAUUCUUGCCAAACAAGACAAGGCCUCGUCACACAUCACUUUCUGUUCAAUUUUGCCUACGAAGAUGGAUGACUACUCGAGCUCACCAAGCCAGGAAUAA